ACCUUACCAAACAAAACUAAGACGCGAAGAAAAGCUGCAACUACUACACGUUCCAACUGCUCAGAGCACUCCGCUCUCCUUCACAAAACGUUCACAAACGCCAAGCCGUUGGCGUUGCCGAGGCUGUACAAGCACGCCACCGGGUCGGCCACAACGCACGACGGCCAGAGCGCGGAAGGCGGUGGGCUAGCCCAGCCCCCACGACCACAAAGCCCAGUGCCACCCGCGGCCGCCACCUCAGCCGAGCUGGGGGCGGGCCUAGGGCAGGCGGGAGAGCGAACGGCGCCCCCACGUGCAGCGCCGCAGCCAAUCCCGAUCGCUGCGAGAGCGCGAGAGACCACCCCCGUUGCCACGGCGGCGCGCGGACUCGCCGGAGGGAGAGGUGCGCUGCGGUAGGCAGCCAUGAGCGCGGUGCUGGACGUGCUGUGGGAGGACAGAGAUGUCCGCUUCGACAUCUCCCCGCAACAAAUGAAAAUGAGACCUGGAGAGGUCCUUAUAGACUGCUUAGAGUCUGUAGAAGAUACCAAAGGAAACAAUGGAGACAGAGGUAGACUGCUUGUGACAAAUUUGCGGAUUAUUUGGCGCUCAUUGUCAUUGCCCAGAGUCAAUCUCUCUGUUGGUUACAACUGCAUUAUAAAUAUAACCACAAGAACUGCCAACUCGAAAUUACGAGGGCAGACGGAAGCUCUGUAUAUAUUGACUAAAUGUAACAAUACACGGUUUGAGUUCAUAUUUACCAAUGUUGUCCCCGGCAGUCCCAGACUCUUCACUUCAGUUAUUGCUGUACACAGAGCUUAUGAAACUUCUAAAAUGUAUCGUGAUCUGAAGCUGAGAAGUGCAUUGAUUCAAAACAAGCAACUGAGAUUAUUACCACAAGAACAAAUAUAUGAUAAAAUCAAUGGAGUUUGGAAUUUAUCAAGUGACCAGGGAAAUUUAGGAACGUUUUUUAUUACUAACGUGAGAAUAGUUUGGCAUGCAAAUAUGAAUGACAGCUUCAAUGUCAGCAUACCAUAUCUACAAAUUCGUUCAAUAAAAAUAAGAGACUCAAAGUUUGGCUUGGCGCUUGUGAUAGAGAGUUCUCAGCAGAGUGGAGGAUAUGUACUUGGUUUUAAAAUAGACCCUGUGGAGAAACUACAGGAGGUUCACAGAGUUUAUUCAGCUAACCCUAUAUUUGGAGUGGAUUAUGAAAUGGAAGAAAAGCCUCAACCUCUUGAAGACCUAACAGUGGAGCAGGUUCAAGAUGAUGUGGAAAUAGAAUCUGAUGAGCAUACGGAUGCUUUUGUGGCUUACUUUGCUGAUGAAAACAAGCAAUGUGAUCGGGAGCCUGUUUUUUCAGAAGAACUAGGACUUGCAAUAGAGAAGCUAAAGGAUGGAUUCACACUCCAGGGACUCUGGGAAGUGAUGACCUGAUUUACAUUGGCACGUGUUUGUUUCCUAAGCAAGGAAAGGCUCUCGGUUCUUACUGGGCUUAUGAGAUUUGUAGAAGAUAAUUUAGAAAUACCAGAGUAGCAGAGAAACAACACGCCAAAGCUAAAGAGCGGGCAAAUAUUAGAUAAUAUGCCCUCAGGAUACGUCAUGAAAGAAAGAUUAUUCAAAACCCUGUGUAAAAGCUUUUUAUUUAUGACAUUGUUUCUGUAAGUAGUGGGAGGACAACCAACACCGAGUACAAGAAGGGGCGGGGCCCCAGCUGCUGGUGGAAGCCCUGCCCCCUGCAGGCAGUCACGUGUUCCACAAGCCCCAGAAGUCCCACCCUUCCCCUGGUCACAUGGUGUAAGGACCCGAGAAGUCCCUCCUCUCUUCCUGUCGGCUCGUAGGGGCCUGGAAGUCCCUCCCCACCACAUGCAUGGUGGCUGCCAUUUUAUUCCAGCCGCCAUUAUGUAAAAUGUCGUCCCCCAGGUUUUCAUACUGCUUUGUGAUUGGAUUGGCUGACUGCGGAUUUCAACACACUCGUACCCCAGGCGUUUUUAGGCCUGUGAUUGGCAGGACCAGCCACCCCAUCCUACUUCCCCCAGAAGGUUGUCAGAGGAGGAAGCCCCCUCCCCUAACAACACAGGGUCCGCCAUGCUGGUUCAGCCACCAUUUUAUGGCAGGGAGGCGCCAGUUU